CUGUGGCAACAGCGAGGCAGCCGGAUCCGCGUUCGUGGCAGCCGAGGCGCCCAGGGUGGCCGGAGGACCCGGGGCGGCCGGAGCAACUGGGGCGGCUGCUGGGGUGGCCGGGGCGGCCGGAGCAGCCGGGCCUGAGGGCCCCCCGGUCGAGGGGACAUCCACGGGGGAGGCGCCGCACCGGCACACCGGCGGAGCGACUCGCGGCCCGGCGGUCGCGGCCGCCGCAUCCAGACGCCGAUUGCGCUCCAGCAGCGAAGUCAGCAGGUGGGCCGUGUCCGGGGACAGGGCCGGCCCGGCCCCCGCGCGGGAUGGAGCGGGGGCCCGGGCGCCCGGCAGCCGGGCCUCCGAGGGCAGGCUGCCGGCCAGCGCGGCGGCCGCACGGACGCCCAGGGGCUCCGGCGAGAGGGAGGCCCCGGACUCCGGCGGGUCGGGCACCCGCGUGCAGGGGACCCGGGCAUCCGCCGGGUCCGCGGCGGGCGCCCCGCCGGGGCCGAGCAGCUGGGCCGCGCGCAGGCUCAGCGCCGCCGCGCGCCGGGAGAACUCCGCCUCGCGCUCCUGUCG